AUGUCCACAAGCCUCAAUCUUUCCGAAUGCACCGCCGCGUUUCACACCACAAAGCACGACGAGCACCCCGACAGAAUGCAGUACGUCACCGGUACGCUGAAGCACCCUGCUCUGGGCGAGCUUGCGACUGUACGCUGCCUCCAGAUCCCCGCGUCCGGCCGGACGUGGUUCACGCGCGUGGGCGACUUCCUCGAGAUCAUGGACGAAGACAGCCAGGAGCUGCACGAGUUCUCGGUCACCCUGUUUGAUAGGAACAGUAACGUGCGCCCGUGGCUUGUGGAAGGAGGCGGCGCGAGGAGCGGUUCGGGGUGUUGGGGCGCGGAGCUGAGCAGCGGGGAUAUGUUGUAUAUCGAGGAUCUGAACGUGAAGGAGCAGUUUAGGAGACGCGGCGCCGGGUCGUAUCUCCUCCAGAAGCUUUUGGCCUCGCCGCGGAUGGGGAACAAAGGCAAGGGACAUGCGUUCUGUUGGCCGACGCCGAUUGGGUACAGGGGCGACGACAAGGCGGAAUGGGCAAGACAGCAGGCUGCCAUCACCGCCUUCUAUCGCAAGAACGGCUUCCGGCGUGUCGGGCGCACGUCCUUCCUUGCCUACUCCCCCGACCCAUCCCACCCCUCACGCAGACUCGACGCAGCGUCCGACCCCGAAACGCCCUCCACAGAGUUCGACACCAUCAACCCCGGCGCUGCUGCACUCAGCGCAGACGAAGCGAAAGCGCUCUACCCCCUCCACUGCGCGAUCGCCUCAAACAAAACGCCCUCCAUCACCCAGGUCAUCCGGGCCGCAUACGGUACAGAUGCGGGCAGCAUCCGGAAGCACAACGAUAGCGGGUUGACGCCCGUGCAUGUCGCCACUGCGAGCGAGAAUGUGCACACCCUGCGCGCGCUGCUCGCGCUCGACCCGAGUGGGAUAGCGGAGGAUCUGAAGGACGCGGGGAAUAGGGACGCACUGACGCCGCUUGAGGCGCUGCGGGCGGUGAUGCGCGCGACAAGGGAGUUCAGCGAGACGCUUUUGGGUGCGUGGGAUGGGUAUACGGACGAGGAGCUGCGGUGCGAGUAUAUUGUGAUGAAGGCAAUGGGGAUGCCGCUUGGGCCGGGGGAGGAGACGGAGGAGGCGUAUGUGAGGAAGAGGAAGUUUGGGCGAGGAGGUGUUUAA